GGCUACGAAGAAGGUCACGAUGAAUUCGUCGUCCUCUCCGCCGUCGGCGCCGUCAUCAUCAUCAGCGCCGGCAUCGGUAGAGAAGAUGUCAGAGUCUCCGAAAACAGAUCCGCCAACGCCUCACUAUCUGCCAACACCGGCCUUGGACCACGCAUUCUCGGGCAUCGUAGCUGGGGCGGUGGCGACAGUAUGCAUGAACCCGUUGGACCUCAUCAAAGUACAAUUUCAGGUGGACACCUCUGCUUCCAACAGAAGAUACUCUCCAUCGUCCCGUCUCGCCCGAUUAGGUCGCCUGGCUACCGGUGGCGAUGUGGCGCGGGAUAUGGUCUCUGCCUUGCGAGCCAUUGUGCGGCGCGAUGGUUGGACAGGGCUCUACCGCGGCCUAAGUCCAAACGUCGUGGGCAACUCGGCUAGCUGGGGUCUCUACUUUCUGUGGUACACCAUGAUCAAGGAGCACAUGACCGAUGCGGAAGGCGGCAGAAAGCUCUCGCCCGGGCAACAUCUCUUGGCUGCGAGCGAGUCUGGCGCUAUAACGGCCCUGAUGACCAACCCGAUCUGGGUUGUCAAAACCCGCAUGUUCACCACCUCGAGAUCUGGUCAGGCCAUCGCCAUGGCCAAUGUCCAGGCUCAGGCCAAGACUUCGACUUCUGUAUCCGUCGUUGCUGCUCCCCAGGGCCAGGCGGCGGCCAGCUAUCGGGGUCUGUAUGACGGCCUGCGACAGAUCUGGCGGUACGAGGGUAUACGGGGCAUGUACAAGGGUGCAGGCUUGGCUCUCUUUGGUGUCAGCAACGGUGCCAUCCAAUUCGUAUGCUACGAAGAGCUCAAACGCUGGCGCAUGGCCGUUGCGAGGCGAAAAGCCUGGGAGAGGGGCGAGAGAAUAGAAACGACGGCCGACGAGGCGGUGAAGCUGGACAACUCGGAAUACAUUGUCAUUUCCGGUGUCGCCAAGCUGGCGGCCAUCGGGAUAACGUACCCCUAUCAAGUGAUUCGAUCUCGCAUCCAGAAUCACGCCACAAUGCAUCUGUACCCAAAUAUUCCCACCUGCAUCCGCCUGACGUGGAAGAAUGAGGGCAUCAGGGGCUUCUACAAGGGCAUGUCGGCGAAUCUGGUCCGCAUCAUCCCAGGCACCUGCGUCACAUUCGUCGUCUACGAGAACACGUCCUGGUUCCUCCGUAGAUUGGCUCAAAGAAGAGGUGGGCCCAUCAGGAGUGACUCGACGUCGCUUUGAUCAAGCAACAACAAAACGGAAGGACUACUCCCUGCUCCAUAGAAGUGAUCACUUGUAACAACAUACCAAUUAUCUUACUUGAUAGAGCAUUACAAUCCCACAUUUGCGCAC